AUGCCUGUCUCGAACAUAGAGAAAGUCGCCCGGACACAAGUCACCCGGACACAAGUCACCCGGACACAAGUCACCCGGACACAAGUCAACCGGACACAAGUCAACCGGACACAAGUCACCCGGACACAAGUCAACCGGACACAAGUCACCCGGACACAAGUCACCCGGACACAAGUCACCCGGACACAAGUCACCCGGACACAAGUCAACCGGACACAAGUCACCCGGACACAAGUCACCCGGACACAAGUCACCCGGACACAAGUCACCCGGACACAAGGACACAAGUCACCCGGACCGGACAAGUCACCCGGACACAAGUCACGGACACAAGUCACCGGACACAAGUCACCCGGACACAAGUCACCCGGACACAAGUCACCGGACACAAGUCACCCGACACAAGUCACCCGGACACAAGUCACCGGACACAAGUCACCCGGACACAAGUCACCCGGACACAAGUCACCCGGACACAAGUCACCCGGACACAAGUCACCCGGACACAAGUCACCCGGACACAAGUCACCCGGACACAAGUCACCCGGACACAAGUCACCCGGACACAAGUCACCCGGACACAAGUCACCCGGACACAAGUCACCGGACACAAGUCACCCGGACACAAGUCACCCGGACACAAGUCACCCGGACACAAGUCACCCGGACACAAGUCACCCGGACACAAGUCACCCGGACACAAGUCACCCGGACACAAGUCACCCGGACACAAGUCACCCGGACACAAGUCACCCGGACACAAGUCACCCGGACACAAGUCACCCGGACACAAGUCACCCGGACACAAGUCACCCGGACACAAGUCAACCGGACACAAGUCACCCGGACACAAGUCACCCGGACACAAGUCACCCGGACACAAGUCACCCGGACACAAGUCACCCGGACACAAGUCACCCGGACACAAGUCACCCGGACACAAGUCACCCGGACACAAGUCACCCGGACACAAGUCACCCGGACACAAGUCAACCGGACACAAGUCACCCGGACACAAGUCACCCGGACACAAGUCACCCGGACACAAGUCACCCGGACACAAGUCAACCGGACACAAGUCACCCGGACACAAGUCACCCGGACACAAGUCACCCGGACACAAGUCAACCGGACACAAGUCAACAGGACACAAGUCACCCGGACACAAGUCACCCGGACACAAGUCACCCGGACACAAGUCACCCGGACACAAGUCACCCGGACACAAGUCAACCGGUCACAAGUCAACCGGUCACAAGUCAACCGGACACAAGUCACCCGGACACAAGUCACCCGGACACAAGUCACCCGGACACAAGUCAACCGGUCACAGUCAACUCGAGUAUAGGGAAAGUUAAUACGGUUGUGUCCGCAUUUGAGACUCGCCGCUCUAGCCUCCAGAGCCUGCAAAUACCAAUCAGUUAG